UUUACAGGCAGGCAGCAUCACGCGAGAAUCAGUAAAGGGACGAGAAAGAUGUGCGAGUAACAGCGCCGCUAGUCGCUUCCUUUCGGCUCCGAAUGCUUUCGUUGCUCCGAGUCCCCUGCUAUCGGUUAUCCCUCGUUGAUUAACAUUCGUCAUGUCGGCCGGGGACGUCGGUCUGCUCUGCCAAGAGGCCGGCAAGGAGGGCUCAAGAAUGCCGGCCUGGAAACGAGAGCUGCUCGAGCGGAGGAAAGCGAAGGGCGGCGGGUCUGGGCCAGGUGUCGACUCCGUCUCUUCUCGGGUUAAUGGCGAGCUAACGGGAAGUGGCAAGGAUGAGGUUACCGGAGCUAAUUCUAACCGGACAUACACCAUAACGCCUGCAGGAAAGCGUAGCGGUGCCACCGCCGCAUCCCCGGACAUGUCACCGGUGAAAACAAAAGACCCUUGGUCGGCCAUGGACCCUAACGACAGAGCGACAUCAGCGGAGAAAACAAUAAUGGACAACGGCGUGCUUCAAGAGAGCUUGGGUCCCAUAAAGGAAAACCCGUUUAUCAAACUGGAGAAGGAGCGCAAGAAACGACGGGAGCAAGAGAGCGCCACUCGCCCGCUGCAGCAUAUUUUAGAAAUGUACGGCUCCGUGCCCGGGAUACGGACCAUCCGCGCCGAGAACAUCAUCAUCAUCGAGUCCGACCCAGACUACUUCCCUGCAUCCGGAUCGCAGCAGAACGGCACCGUUAGCGGAUACAGCUCUCUCAGUGACCUGCUGGACCGCACAGGUAGUCCGGUUACUGAGAUCCGCGCGAAGGAAGUGGUGAUCUACGAUACGGCGCUCAGUAAAAGCGAGGAGAACCUGAGCACGCUGGGUCGCGGCGGUGAGCUCUCCGACCUGGCGCAGGCGCAGGGCACGGUGAGUCGCAUGCUGCAGAAAUUCGACAGGAAGUACGGCAAGUUCCACGGGAAGUCUCGCAGUUCGGAGAACCUCCUGGACUUAGACACGAGUCCCGUCCUGUCCGAUCCCCGAGCCAGAUUCCGUCAUCCAGAUGUGGUGCCAAAGUGUGCGCCGUGCCCACAGCCUGGCUCUCCUGUUCGCAUCCCACCAUACUACAGCCAGUCAGUCUUCCAUGGUAGCCAGUCUUCCGAGAGGAAAUAUCACGAGUCUCCUAACGGCUCUGAAAGUAGCAGCCCUGUUCCGGGAUCCCCUCAGUCUGUGUCUUCCUUCCGACGUCGCUUUGAGGCCGUAGGGGGCCGCAGUGUCGUUGUCAACCCAAGAGAGGAGACAGAGAGGAGUCAGUCCAAACCUGUGAGGGAGAGGGACUGGGACAGCAGUGAUGGGGUUUCCAAAGCCAAGGUGCCAUGCUCUCCGGAAAGCCACUGUGCCCGUGCCGAGUCCUUGGUGAGCCCUACGUUGCCCCCUACGUUGCCCCUUACUUCGACCAGAUUCGAGAUCCGGCCUUCGCCACGCCCCGAUCUGUCUGCACUGCCUGCCAAUGACGUCCAGGCUCGUGCUCUCGCCAACCUACGCCUCCAGUCCCGCAAUUCCUUCACCGUCAUCCCCAAGCGGCCCGGGGUCCCAUCGGCGCCUGGCAGCACCGCACCCUCCAGCCCCAUUAUGUCGCCUGGUUACCCACAUGUGGGACCUUCAGUGCCCUCAGUGCCAAAGCCUGCUGUACCCAUUCCAGCUACUCUGUCUCCAGUAAAAAUUGUCGUGGCCCCCGUGCUGCCUGUGCCAGACAUAACAGAAUCGACCCAUCCCGAAAGGACCAUCUCCCCCACCUCAUCUUGUGUUCCUUCAACCCCCUCGCCUGAUCCACUCACAAAGUCAACAUCACCCCCUGUUCACGAGCCGGCUCUCGAGAAGCUGCCUGUUACUAAUAUUGACGACAUAGUGGGGGAGUCCUCGCCGCCCUUCCCCAGCCCUAUGGUGCAGAGAAGGAAAGGAAACACAUUUACAGUGGUCCCAAAGCGUAGGACUGAGCCCCAGCCUAGCACUCCUGUUGUCCAGGAGCCUGCCCCGGAGCCUGCCCAGGAGCCUGCCACAGUGCCACAAGGGUCACCGUCCUCUGCGGAGGCUCCUUAUGUCCAGGUGGGAACGCUAGUGAAAAAGCGUUAUCCAGCAGCAGAGGAAAUCGAGGUGAUCGGUGGAUACCUCUCUUUGGGCCGAUCCUGUUUAUCAAAGACAGGCUCUACAGGAAAGAAGCUGAAGAUCUCUUUCAAUGAGUCGAGCCUGCAGAGCACCUUCGAGUACCCGUCUGAGAGCAGCGUCUGGGACAGUGGCGAAGAGGAAGAAGAGGGAGGAGGAGGAGGAGAGGAAGAAGGAGGAGUCAGUGUGGAAAGGAUCCACAUCCCCCGACCAAGUUACACCUCCAGCCCGACUGCUCACAGCCCCAACGGCACUGAUCUAUCCAGCUACACUCCAAAGCACUCUAUGGACUUCACUGCCUGGCAGGAGAAGAAGCUCAGUGACUCCACCGACUCGGAAGAUGCAAAUUCCCAACACGCUGACGUGUCCGACGAGGUGAUGUUGACGCCAGCGGACAGCUCCUCUCUCUCCGACUUCAGCAGCGAACCAGCUCUAUACUUCUAAACUUCCCCCAGAACCCUGGAGCACACAGGACCAAGCACCAGCCUGGACAACACCCAACCACACAUAUGCACACAUUACACACAGAUAGAGGCAAGAAGCUCCAGUAGCAUACGCAAAAAAAACGAACGUCUUUCCAUUCCAUCUCUGCUGAGGUGUUCCGGCCAACCUGAACGGUUGAUUUCAUUUGCUCUUGACUUCCUGUCUUCAUGUGCUGAGAGAAGACUAUUAGGAAAAAGAAAGAAAAAACAAUGUAAAGGCUGUAAUGCAGCCUUGCUGUCUCUCGCUCUCGGGACGUUUGUAGCACCGUUCACCUCAUGAAAGUGACCAAAUUUCCUACACACGGAGGAAGAAGCUCGGACUCGGCUGAUGUACAUAAUUAAGACUCUGACGAGGAUAAUGAGGAAAGAGACAGUACAUAUAGCAGCGCAUAACAAACGAAUGGGUGCCACAAUUCUUGUUCUUUUUGUUCCUCCACUUUGACUGUUCUGUAUAUGUCUCAUGUUUCCUGGAUGUCUGUGUUGUGCAACUUGUCCAAUAUGAAGCUCCUAUCCUAUGACCUUUCACUUCUAGUUUGCUCAUUUGAGUCGGAUUUGUGUCGUGUUUGAUGUUUUUUAACAGCGAACAGCUCUAAAGCCGGAGUUAUGCUUUUAAUCGGAACAGGCAGGGUGGGACAAGAACAAAACAAAAGAGACACACAGUGUCCGACAAACAGUGCUGUGUAAUGAUGCUAAACUACUUAGCUGUGUCUUGUCACUGUGGAUCAAAAAAACAAGACUAUAAAUUUAGCAACCUUGAUCUCAGACACUACACUGUGAUAAAUAGUGAUGCCUGACUUGACUCACUGAAACAACUUAUUGUCUGAACUGGCUCUUGUUUUUAUUUUAUUUAGUGAAUCGGCUUCUGUCUACAGUCUGGAAAUCGGUUUAAGAAUAAACCAAAACCAACUAUUUACAGUUUAUUUUAUGCCACGUCUAUGUCAGUCCACGUAAUGACUCUGCGCACUGGACUCUUAACAAGUGAAUCGAGUCUAUGAACCGAAUCACUUCGUCGGCUGUUUGAAUAUAGGAACCUGAAAAGAAAUGUAAAUUCAUAAAGGCGGACUAGAUCCAAGAUGCUGUGAUUGAUAGCUUUAGUGAUCAGUGUUGUUUGGCUUGACUGCUGUUUAAAUAAAGAAGCAGCGAGAAAUGUAGGCGGAGCCAUCUGAAUCGGUCGAAUAAUGAAUCAGUUGAUUCAGUUGUGAAAGAAUCGACUCCAGUAAUUUGACUCGCUAGUGAAUGAGUUUGGUAUUUCGGAGGCGUUUCGAGCCCGCUGUUCAUUCACAAUUCUGUCUAUACUAGCCAAUCACUGAAGAGGUGGGCGGGCACUCGGUACAAGCGACUUUUACAAACUGCCACGCCGAAACCCUGCGACCACGUGGAAGCAUAACUCAGCCUUUAGGGACGACUAAAAAGUUGUUUUCGAUAAACACAAUGCAACACUCUUUUUCUUUUAGAUAUGCAGCUAAUUAUCACAUAAACAACCAGCUCUGAUCUGUUUAUAACACUGUGACAGUGAUGUAACGGCGCGUGGAACACCCCAGUAUUGUUCACCGAUGCCAACAGACGUUCUCUCUGGUGUUAGACGUCGUUUUUAACGUGUUGUGACAUCACUAUAUACACGCAGGUCACGGGUUCAUAUUCGUUGUCCUGCUCACUUUCUGUACUCGAAAAAUUCUUUCACAUUCCAGUGAGCAAAAAUGAACUUCUACUUCAUUCAUGUUCAUCAGUGAGACUGUGUGUGUGUGUGUGUGUGUGUGUGUGUGUGUGUGUGUGCGCGCAUGGGGACAAAAAAGACUGGACACACAAUGCCAACUGAUGCCAGUGUGUAUGAUUGUGUGUGUGUAAGAGAUUUUCAUUAGUCUCGAAACGCUUCUUUGGCCAGUAUUGAUGCAGAGAUUCUACACUCUCGGUUCACACUUUCAUAAUUUAUUUCAUAAAUGAGAAAUUUUAUCAUUUUAGAUCUUUUAGUACCUUUUUAGGAACGUAGCCGUAGCAUCAAGGUGCUGUAUUUAAAACAACAACACACAAAAAAAAAAGAAGAAACUUGACUUUUACUUUCAUUCAUUUGCACUGUUCAUUUUUUUUUCUCCUCUCUCUUUGCUUUAUUUUGCACCUUGUGUAGUCUUGCCCAAAAAAUUAUUAUUUUUUUUUUUUUGAGAAGGUUGGGGAAGUGUCGCCGUCACGGAUGGACAAAUUUUUGGGAAAUUACAGCCCAGAUAAAUAGUAACGUUCCUCUAGUUCAGACAGGUUGCCAUAUCAUCGACGCUUCGUUUCACCAACAGCUUGAUUAGUAAGUAAAAGAAGAAGUAUAUAGCAAGUCUGAUAAAAAAAAAAAUGCUAGCUAAAAUGUAAACAGUAGAUAGCUUAGGGGUCUUGAGAGGAAAAAAAAAAAAAGGU